AAAGUACKKUACUACUGUACAGCAGCAAUCAACSACGCCCAAUGCUGCGAUUAAAAAUACUUCUAGUAUUAUUAUGAUGUGACUGCAGACUGCAUCAUACCUUCCGAAAAUCAUUUCGGGAUCAUUCGUUCCCAACGAGUUUGURAAGGUACAACGAGUAGUACGAGUAGUACCUACUUUAUCGUACAACACGUGACGGUACAAACCUCGGAUUCCAUCGCUCGAAGUUGACUCUAUCGGAACACCWCCACCAAAUCUUCUCUCACCCGAAAAACAUUGUCACGAGAGCCUACAGAAACUACAAGACCAUGACGCCAUCACCACUCAGAACYGCUUCCGUCCUCGCCCUCCUCGUGCUAGCACAGCUGGCUGCGAUCGCCACCGCCCAGCCGGGCGCCCAGCCGGGGGUCGCGACGCCCGACGGCAUCAUCAACGUCUUUCGCUGGGUGGUCCCCUACAACGGACCCAGSCAGAUCGAGGCCGAGGUCGGUAACACGAUCAUCUUCCGAUGGGCACAGGGCAUCCACAACGUCUACAUCCACCCCACCAUGAACUGCGACCUGACCGGAGCCAUCGAGGUGGGACUGGAACCGGGAUCCGAGUACACCUUUACGGAGGCAGACGCCGGAACGGAAAUGUUUUUCUCGUGCGACGUCGGCAACGGGGCGCACUGCAUGGCCGGUGAGUAGAAYCGCGAGGCAGACCUCUGUGCGAGAAGUCACUUGGACGGAACAAACGAAGCAACCGCCGCGAACUACAAGGGUGCCCCGAGUGGCAGCAAUCCGAAGCGCACGCAACGAUGUCGCWUCGCAUCGCAUCACUAUGGUGCGGUGUUGAAUCGCAUGGCUGCCAACCAACACCCUKCUCUCACCCACUCCGUCUCCUGUUUUUCGAUCUCCUUGGAUCACGUUCCUCCCGUGCACACCUUCCCACACAUCGGUUCUGCCACCUCCCCACAGGACAAUUCCUCACCGUGUUCGUCUCGGAAGSCGGCACGGUGCCCCCCACCGACCCCGGAACCACCCCCGACACCGCUACCGGCACCUCGAUCGCCACGCCAGACGCCACGAACGGCAUCAUCAACGUUUCCACCGACGCCCCGGUGGUCGUCGUCAACUCGAAUGCCACAAACGCCACCCUCCCUCUGGAGGCAACGAAUGCCACCGAGGCGUCCAACGCAACGGAGGCCCCCACCGACGCCCCMGUGGCCCCCCCCACCGCGGCUCCCGUCCCCGCCGCCACCGAGGCACCCGGCGCUUCUACCACCGCUUCGUCCGCCGAGUCCUCCCCCGCUGCGGCCCGAACGCACGGUUUCUCCCUGGCCCUCGCGGUGGCCUGCCUGGCGCUCUUUUCGGUCGUCUAAGAGUCGCGGUGAACGACGAACGAACUUACGGACGGAGAGACGGACGGAGUGUGUCGCAGGGUUUGCCCGGACUGUGUCUUUGUUGUGUGGGUGUGUGGAUGCGCCGUUGUCACGGGGCAACACCGAGAUGGAAAGCKCGGUUGCGGAGAAACGGAACGAUGCUAGGGGCAGCGAAGAAGCAAGCGCGAUUUGGUGUCUGUUUGGUGUCUGUUGGUUUGGCUUUGGCCAAGGAGUACCGUGCACACCGUGUUGUAUUAUACCAUGUUUUCUGGGCGUCGAUAAUGUUGGUAAUAGCCGUCAAUUAUGGCACUGGACCGUUGAGUUGUGUCUGCGGAAAGGGUCUGGAACUCAAAUCCGAACUACAGUAGUUGAAACCUGUUAAAACGAUGGCGGUUUAUUAUGCCCGUAAGCAACGGUUUCUACCUUUUUUCAGCGUACUUAUUGCUCUAAUG